GGAGGAAGCGAGAACGGCAUCGUAGACAAGAACUGCUGCACCGAUAUGACCAUCGUCUUCGCUCGUGGUACGGGAGAGAUGGGCAACGUCGGAAGCGUCUCUGGACCGCCAAUGUUCAAGGCUAUCCGCGAGAAGCUGGGCAACGACCGUGUUACCGUCCAGGGUGUUGACUACGCUGCUUCCGCUGCUGGUAAUGCCAACCUCGGUGGUGACGGUGGCCAGAAGAUGGCCGACCUGGUCAAGCAAGCCAAGUCUCAAUGUCCUGACACCAAGGUCAUUGUGUCGGGUUACUCUCAAGGUGCCAUGGUCGUACACAAUGCUUUCAGCAAGGGUCUUUCUGCCACGGAUGUUAGCGGUGCUGUCAUGUUCGGAGACCCAUUGAAGCGCCAGGCCAUCAGCGGCCUUUCAGCCGACCAGAUCAAGCAAUUCUGCGGUACUGCUGAUCAGAUCUGCGGUGGUGGUGGUGAUGGCGGUGCGACUGGAAGCCAUCUCAGCUACGGCAGCAGUGCGGAUGCGGCAGCUUCUUUC